CUUAAAUUUUGAUACUGGUUUGUUUAUUCAUCUACAGUCGUGUUGUGCUAUGAAUGAUGGUACAUUUCCUGAAAUCUCAAUGUUUAUCCUUGGAAUAAAGUUAGCAACUAGAAACUUCCUUCACUUCGAAGAUGUCAUGACUCCACCACCCGCCGAUAGCGCAGUACGUACCUUCUUUCCUCUUGAACAUCCCAUUCCAUCGUAUGCCUCAAAGUCCGUCCAGUGAGUCAAAUCGCAUGAUUUCCUACAGUAGACUCAUAUAUAUAUAUAUAUUUCAAUGCGUCUUCUAAUACCUAACUUCAGCUCUAGGUUGUUCUCUACUGCAAAAAUGGCGCUUCAUUCAGCAGAUACUUCGAAGCUCAUCUUCGCCCCCGCGGGCCAUCAGGCAACGGGUCAAGCCGAGCAGUUUACCAAAGGAACUCUCGUCCGCUCACAGCUCAACCCAACAUCACCUAUCCCUCAAUUCCACGCAUGGUUCUCCCGUGCCCAAGAGAAUGAUUCUGGCGUAGAUCAUCCUGAAUCAUGCACUCUCUCAACAGCAUCUCUCCCCUCAGGCCGUAUCUCCUCUCGUACUGUGUAUCUAAAGGAGCUCGACAACCGCGGCUUCGUCAUCUACACUAACCUGGGCACGUCUCGCAAGGCAGCUGAUAUAGCGACCAACCCCCGUGCUGCGAUGUUGUUCUUCUGGGAAUCCCUACAGCGCCAAGUCCAUGUUGAAGGACGGGUGGAGAAGAUCUCCCGUGAAGAAAGUCAGACAUACUACGACACACGAGCUCGGGGAAGCAGAAUCGGUGCAUGGGCUAGUCGACAGAGUCAAGUACUUGAGCCACAAGGUGACGGCGACGAUGGCCGCAAGCAGCUGGAAGGAUGGGUUAAAGAGGUCGAGAAGCGGUUUGAGGGGCAGGAGAAAAUCCCUGUUCCUGAGUUCUGGGGUGGGCUGAGGAUUAUCCCGGAUAGGAUCGAGUUCUGGCAGGGAAGGGAGAGUAGACUUCACGACAGGUUCGUCUAUGAACGGGAGGGCGAGGAAGAGGAGUGGACAUUGAAGAGGCUGAGUCCUUGAGGAGAUGUAUUGGUGUCAUACAGAUACUCAACCAUUCUCAACAUGUAGCCAGAUACAGAAGCGAAAUGAUGAAUGAGCUCCUCGUUAAGAUAAUAGUCCAUAGACAAGGGGGUGAUUGAGUAGCAUACAGCGAAUUCUAUUAUAGCUCUUCAUCUGCAACUCUCGUUCGACACAGUAAUUAACACCACAUAUCUUCAACAUACAAUCAAAACAACAAGCCGGCAUCAACUGCCGUAUCCAAGCAUAGUAUACUGACUUACAAAAACUGCAUCAUGAGUUUUUUUCAUGCGGUGAACCCUGGAUAAGA